AUGCACCAUGGCUCUGCCACUGCAGCGCCAGCAGAGCUGCCUCCGUCGGGCCCUGUCUACAAGGUCUACAAGCGGCGGUUCUGGGGAUUGGCCCAGUUGGUGCUGUUGAACAUUGUUGUUAGUUGGGAUUGGUUAACAUUUUCCUCGAUAUCGACUACUGCGGCUGAGCAUUUCCGCGUUUCUGAGAGCGCCAUCAAUUGGAUGAGCACCGGUUACCUCUUCGCUUUUUGUGUCGCCAGCCCCGUAGUGAUCUUCACUCUCAAUAAAGGUGGCCCUAAGCCCGCCAUCAUCACCACCUCAACCCUCCUCCUCGUCGGCAACUGGAUUCGAUAUGCAGGAACCAAAGCGAAAGGAGGCAUCUUCGGUGUUGCCAUGUUCGGACAGAUCCUCAUCGGACUGGCGCAGCCAUUCUGUUUGAGCGCUCCGACGCGAUACAGCGACCUCUGGUUCUCUGACCAGGGCCGGACCAGCGCAACGGCCGUAGCCACCCUUGCCAAUCCGUUGGGUGCAGCAUUGGGAGAGCUGAUCGACUCUUUCUGGGCGACCAAGCCAAGCGAAGUCCCGAACAUGGUUCUGUAUAUCUCUGUCAUCGCAACGAUAGCAGCACUCCCUUCAUUUUUCAUUCCCUCCAAGCCCCCAACGCCUCCAAGCGCUUCAUCUGCGAGCACCAACGCCUCCGCACCUCUCCUCCCGGCCAUAACCCAACUCCUCAGAACCCUCGAGUUCUACCUGAUCUUGAUCCCUUUCUCCAUAUACGUUGGCUUCUUUAACAGCAUCUCCUCGCUGCUCAACCAAAUCCUCGAACCCUACUCAUACACCGAAACCGAAGCCGGCAUUGCAGGAGGCCUUCUGAUCAUUGUUGGGCUCAUAGCCUCAGCCAUCAUCUCUCCCCUCACAGACCGCUAUAAGCACUACCUCGCCACCAUCCGCACACUUGUCCCUAUCGUAGCAAUCACCUACAUUGCCCUGAUAUUUGCCCCGCCCAGCUCCGCCGGCAUCGCACCAUCGUAUGUCGUGUGCUCCCUCCUCGGAGCUUCCUCCUUCGCCCUCCUUCCUGUCGUUCUGGAGUACCUGGUCGAAAUCACGUAUCCCUUCUCCCCGGAGAUUGGAAGCACUAUCUGCUGGACGGGUGGGCAGUUGCUGGGCGCCAUAUUCAUUCUAGUUCAGGAUGCAUUGAAGGCCGGAGAGGACGCUAACCCGCCGGCCAAUAUGCAGAACGCGUUGAUUUUCUCUGCUGUUGUGGCGGCUGUCGCGGCGCCGUGGCCGUUGUGUAUUGGCUGUUUUGGACGCGAUGUAAGGAGACGGAGAUUGGAUGUUGAUCGAGGCGUGGAGCUGGGCCAGGAGGAGGCGGGUGAGGAACAGGGCGAUGAGGAACGUAGAGCUGGAGCUGGAGAGGAUGACAAGAAAGGAUUCUUUGGGUUGAGCGUGGCGUGGAGGAAGAGAUCUGGAGAUAUGUGA